UCCCACCCAUUUAAAGAAAAAAAACCCACAUCAGGUCCCUUUGGGUGCAGCCAGAAGCAGACCCGGAAGAGAUUAAAUCAGCUUAGCUGCGGCUAUCCAAAGAGUACCAUCCAGACACAGCAUCACUCCCUCUGAAAGCUGCUUCAGAAAAGUUCAUGAGGCUGAGAACAAUCUAUGCUCUCCUUUGCGACCCCGAGACACGUAGAUUCUAUGAUUGGUCGCUUGCACAAGAGCCUAGUAGCAGGCAAGCUGAGAAGAUGAGGAUGAAGUUGGAGGAUCCCAGGGAGCUGGAUUUCACCAACCACAAAUCGGUUCCUGAUAUGGUUGAUCGACUUGGAGGGAUAAACUUGAAACUGAGCGAUCAGGGGAUGACGGCUCUUACAUUUGAUGCUCUAAUCCUUAUUUUUGCUAUUGGCAGCAUUGUUUCUGUGCUGGUGUUCCAGGAGCCAUAUAACUAGAUUUUGGCAUGAAUGCAAUGCACCAUACCAAAUACAUUUACAGGUUUCAUAUCAUACCAAAGUAGAGUUGGAAAGAUCAUAUGAGCAACAGCUAAACUGGAAUGCUUAUGAUGUUCUGAAUUUCACACACUAUGAAGAACCAGUCAGCAAUCAAACACGCCACAGAAUUGGAAAGACUAUCAGAAAUCUAAUAGACUUUCAGGCUUGAUUGACAAUGCAAUUCAGCUUAAAACUGAUAAGUUGUCAACUAACCACUAGUAAUGAACUGAAUACCAAUGA